AGAACAUGGCAAAUAUUACUGAAAUACGUUCAAUUUUUUUUAAUGUAAAUGAUCCCUUCGAAGUACCGGAUGAAGAGUUUAACGAUAAUUUAUGGCCUUUGGUCACAAAUAUAUGGACGCAAUUUAGCUCGAAUAAUCUUCAAAAUGGUGAUUCCUGGAAGAUUUAUGUUUGUCGUUUUAUGAAACAUCGUACUUCAAGUACGCGACAAGAAGAUGUACCAAAUGAUAAAAGAAGAAAAUCUCAUAUUUGA